AUGCUUGACAUUUACGUAGCUAAUGAGGUUAAAGCUGCACCAACAUUAUUCAUUUUUGGUGACUCAACAUUUGAUGUUGGAACCAACAAUUUUAUCAACUCUACUGCAAAAGCCAAUGUCCCUUAUUAUGGAAUUGAUUUUCCUUAUUCAGUUGCCACUGGAAGGUUCAGCAAUGGACUCAACACUGCUGACCAAAUAGCAAAACAAUUUGGUUACCAGAGGAGUCCACCACCAUUUUUGGCUUUGGAGAAAUUCCAAAACGGUUUUAAGCAGAACAUUUUGAGGGGUGUGAAUUUUGCUUCAGCUGGAUCUGGAAUUCUAAGCCAAACAGGACAGAAACAAUGGCAAGAAGUGGUUUUCUUUGGAAAACAGGUGCAACAAUUUGCACAGGUCCGUGGAAAUAUCACCCAAAUUUUGGGGGCAGCCAAAGCUGAUAGUUUUAUUUCAAAGGCAGUGUUUCUAAUUAGUACAGGUAGCAAUGACAUCUUUGAUUUUGCAAAUAACAACACUGAAUUUCAUGUUGGUGUGGAGGAAUAUCUCUCUAUUCUACAGCUCACCUAUUUCUCUCAUCUAAAGAAUCUAUAUGAAUUAGGGGCUAGAAAAUUUGGCAUCCUAAGUGUUGCACCUAUAGGGUGUUGUCCUGCAGUAACCUCUGGUAAUGGAGGGAAUUGUGUGAAGCCAUUGAAUGAUUUUGCUAUUGUGUUUCAUAGAGCAAUUCAAGCUCUUUUGCAAAAGUUGAGUUCAGGGUUUGAAGAUUUUGAGUUCUCACUUGCAAACACUUUUGAAAUGACCUCAGACUUAUUAAAAAGUCCAUCCACCUUCGGGUUGAAGGAUACACAAUCAGCAUGUUGUGGACUUGGAAAGUUCAAUGGAGAAGGUCCAUGCUUGAAAUCUCUUAACGCAAAUCUUUGCAAGAAUCGUGAUGAUUUCUUGUUUUGGGAUUGGUUUCAUCCAACUGAGAAAGCUUCAGAGUUGGCUGCUGUGACUCUGUUUACAGGAGGGAAAGAGUUUGUGUCACCCAAAAAUUUUGGUCAGCUAGCUUGUUGA